CUGUAAUAUUGGUGUGGAGGCAGCCAUCUCAGUGCAUUGUGCCUGAUCCUGAGGAUUGAGAAGGAGCUAGCACUUCAUGAUGGAACUGCAUUGAGACAGAUGCCUGAUGCAGGAUGUCCGUAGGAAUUCAUUUGACUACCACCUCCCUGCUCAUCACACAUAUCCCAGACUCAUCUUUAGUUCCGCUGUCUUGCAGCUCUGGCUCCGAAGAGUGCCCCCCAGUGCUUUCAUGUCUGUACAUUGGCAUCUCUGUAGUUGCCCUGCCACUUAACAUUCUGGUGGUGUGGGCUAUAUGGCCUCAGGUCAGAGGUUCCUAUGGGCUUUCAGUUUUUGUAAUUAGUCUUCUAUUGGCCAGCCUUAUGGAAUCUGCUGUCCUAGCCUUUGGAGCAGCGUAUACCUCUGGCAUCUUGAAAUUGGGAUCUCUUGCUUGUUCUAUUGUCUUUGUUAUCCCAGGUUUUACACGAAGGAUUGCAACAACAUUUGUGGUCUGCAUGUUUGUUUUACGUUAUUUAGCAGUGGCACAUCCAAUAAAAUACCGUAAAUUCUGUUUGGGAUGGAUAAGGUGGUUAAUCAGCCUUUUUGUGUGGUUGAUCGCCAUUGUACUUUCCAUAGUUGAAACAUAUUUAAUAACAGGCAAAACAAAUCUUUGUUUCCCUGACUACAACAUGGAACCAGAAACAGCCAUUUUGGAUCUGCUUUUUUCAUUCCUCUUUGGCCUGAUCCCUUUAGUGAUCCUAACAACCUUCUGGGUUCUAAUCUGUUGUGCCCUGAAAAACUCUCCAUCUGUUACCACUGGCCAACAGACAAGGAUCAGAACCCUGCUCAUGCUGGUUGUGCUUGGUUUUGCACUGUUCUUUGGUCCAAUCAAUGGGAUUCAAGGAUACCAAAGCAUUCUUCUUUUAUUUGGCCAAUCUCCAAGUCUGCUGAAGAAGGAUUUGCUCCUUCCAUACCAGAUACUAUUUACCCUCAACGGUUUUUCUUUAAUUUUGCCUCCACUUUUCUAUGCCUACAGCUGUGGUGAAGUCAAAGAAAGACUAAAAGGUCUUUUUAGCAAAUGCAACAGGGAUGCAUGUGAAUAAAACUGUAUGCUGCAAAAGCUAAACUGAAAAACGUGUAAGAAAAAUAACAAUUGGAUUGAGAUUGCUCUAAAAUAAAAUACUUUGUGGUUAAAGACCGAGAUUAUUGAAGAUGUGUCCAGACAGAAAAUAAUGUUUAUUGGAGGUUGGUGGAGACAGCACUACUUAUUUCUAUCCAACAGGCCAGCUAAAUGGACAAAAUUUAUGAAUUUAUAGUCACAUAAUAAUACCUUGAAUACUUGAUCCAUUAGUAUGGAUACACAUUUAGGGGGUUAUUUACUAAACUCUGGUCAGGCUUUUUGGG